UCAAGACUAACCCCCUCCUCUCCCCUACUCACCCAACCCACUCUGGUCUUCCUCGAUUUCUCCUCCCGGCGACUCCGCCGCCGCCGGUGGCCUCGACCGCCGCCUCGCGCUGAGUGGAGAUCUAUCCGGACUUCUUGGAUCAAUUGAUUCCUCUGUUGGUAAUCAGCCAUGGUUUUUCUUGAGACAGAGAUGUCAUGGAAUGUGCUGAUCUCACCUAGCGAGUUGAGUCCCAAGGGUCUCCUGCUCCGCAAGUCUAUCAUUGUUCGUCUUCUGGAGGACGUAACAAACAGGAAGGCUUCCAAGGAGCAUGGCUACUACAUUGCCGUCAAUCAGCUGAAGGCAAUAUCUGAAGGGAAAGUGCGUGAGCUUACUGGAGACAUUCUGUUCCCAGUCACAUUCACUUGCAUCGCACAAAAGCCUAUGAAGGGUGAGAUCAUGGUUGGCUACGUGGAUAGAAUCCUGAAGCACGGCGUGUUCCUCAAAUCUGGACCAGUCGAAAGCAUCUUUCUGUCCGAGAAGUCAAUGAGUGACUACAAGUACAUUGGUGGGGAGAACCCAAUGUUCAUGAACGACCACUCGAAGCUGGAGAAGGACACUGCUGUGCGUUUCAAGGUCAUGGGAUUCCGCUGGAUGGAAGCUGAUCGCCAGUUCCAGCUCCUUGCUACGCUGGCUGGUGACUUUCUCGGGCCACUGUAAACUGCUUCGACAGGUUAAAUGCGGUUCCGCUGUACAUUGCUCGUUAGAUGGAUGGAUGGGUCUGAAAUGUGUUGGACUCAACUUGCAGUGAAUAGUUUAUGGCUGAUGUAUUUCUGCUGAUGCCAGUGACAUUUGGCUCCACGUUUAACAUGUCACUAUGGUGUGAUGAACUAUGUUUUCCAUGGC